UGACGCAGAGCUGACAGUGGUUUAUCACUACUCUCUUAUCUGUUUCUAAUUUUCACAAUUCUUAUAGCAUUUAACUCAACUAUAUGUAUCUGGACGUAAUUUUUAAAUUGUUUUUCCGUAUUUGUAUCCGCAACCCUAAAACUACAUAUUUAUUAAGUGUAGCUACUGAGUGAUAUAUAAUUUACGAUGGCUGAAGAACCGAAACCAGUGAAUGAAGAAGAUUUCAAACUACUAAAGGAGAGAAUGAAUUUAAUUGUCAGUGCAGAUCCCGCACAGUAUCAUAAUGAUUACUCUUUACGUAGAUAUUUAAGAGCAUUUAAAAGCGUCGACAGCACUUUUCAGGCUAUUUUAAAGACAAACAAAUGGAGAACGGAAUAUGGAGUAGCAGAGCUACACGAAAACAAAGAAUUAAUAGAUAAGUACAAUGAUAAAGCAAGAGUACUAAGACAUAGAGAUAUUGUGGGCCGCCCAAUUAUCUAUAUUCCAGCCAAAAAUCAUAGUUCAAGUGAUAGAAAUAUUGAUGAUCUUACUAAGUUUAUUGUAUAUUGCUUGGAAGAUGCAAGUAAAAAAUGUUUCGAAGAAGUAGUAGACAAUCUGUGCAUUGUGUUUGAUUUGAACAACUUCACAUUAUCAUGUAUGGAUUACCAGGUUCUCAAGAAUCUUAUUUGGCUGCUCAGCCGCCACUAUCCAGAGAGACUUGGUGUUUGUUUAAUUAUUAAUUCACCAGCAUUUUUUGCUGGUUGCUGGGCUGUGAUCAAAGGAUGGUUAGAUGAGAAUACGGCGGGAAAAGUGACAUUUGUGAAUUCUGAAAUGGAUCUUUGUAAAUAUCUUAUCCCAGACAUCUUGCCAACAGAUAUGUAGUUUAUACAAGUUUUAAUGAUAAAUAUUUAAAUGGUUAAUUGGCAUUUAGAAGCAAUGCUUCAGAAAUUGUAAUUAUUAAAAUUUUAAAAACAAACUUUGACAUUAUUAAAAAUUAAAUAUAAAAAACAUUAAAUAUCCGGUUAAACUAGUCAUAUGUCAUAGUCAUAUAUAUUAAUAAAUAAAAUAAGGUUUAUUUUUGUUUCUUACAUAAAUUUGGAAAUAUUACGACCCAGAUAUUAUUGAUAAGAAAAUAAAUUUACUGGUUUUAUAAAUUAAUACUUUUAUUAAAUAUUGACUAAGCAAUGGCUUUAAAUAACUUUUGUUGCUAUAAAAUAAACUACCAAUUUAAGCAAAGCAUAACUAAUGGUAAAUAUCCCUACUUAAUAAUAAGCUAGAAAAAAUUAAUAAUUUAAAUCUAUUGUUAUGUUAAUUAGAAUAUGAAGUAUAUAAGAGUUCGCUUUUAAUGACAAAUUUGUUGUUUACUGCUUGCAUCAUUUAAUGCUUAGAUUGAUGUAAGUUUGCUUAAGUUUGUCUUACAUGAAUCAUGAAAACAGAACAAUUCACUAUUUUAUUUUUUUAAUAAGAAUUUAGUAUGCCAACGUAAUUUUGUUAAAGUAAUAGGAUAUUUAUAUUUGUUAUGUUUCAAAGACAUGAAAGACCUGUUUAAUGAUUAUUUGAAAUUUAUUUGUCAAUAAACAACAUUGUUGGUGUUUGACGAUCUCUUCUUGACUAAAUAAGUUGUGAAAUAUUUUAACAGGUAGUUUUCUGUGUUAGUUGAUUUAGUUUACUUGAAUAUUGUGAUACAGACCCUAAAAGUGGUGCCAUGUUUUAUUUAUUUCGUUCAACGAAAUCCAAUUUUACUGCUUUAAAAUAUUAGUUCAAUUAAUUUUUAAGGUGUUAAAUAGAUCAUAAUAUGUUAUUUUAAUUUU